AUGACGCACGGUUACGACACCUCACGAGAUCGUCCGGGGCUGAGCGAAUCAAUUCAGAAGCAGGAGCGGAUAGGUGAGACAUUUGCCACGCGACAGGAAGUUCUGAAUGACGUCGCCCCCGCGUCCCGGCUCAGUCGCGACGGCGGAUGGGAGCGUGCUGCUAGCGACGAGGCGGCGACCGCUCUGUCGCUUUAUUAUUUGAUUGCCUGUCAACGCGAGGAACAUUGGCAGCGCGAGAGACAAAUGACGAUCAAGAUAGCGGCCGAAUUGUUAACCGGUCGCGUGGAGUCCUUAGCGUCAAACGUGGCGUGGUCUUUUGUUCUUGACAUUUACAAGUCGGUGUCGGAGGUCGGGCCGGCCCGGGGCUGCCGCGGGCCGCCAUUAGCUCGGCUAAUUGCGAAAUAUCCCCUGGCAGCGGUCGCGUGGAUGUGCCUCGUCAAUUAUUUGGCAACGGCACCACGCAUUCUGGGUCACCGGAUUCAAGAGCGCCCGCCGCGUGCGGUCGCAAUAUCAAUCCUGCGAUUGACCGAU